AAAAUAUUCACCAUUUACGCGCGCGUAUCUCGCCUUUCUUUUCUAUCACUAUAAUCUUCUCACUCUCAGUGACCCGCUUCCCAUUGGAAUCCAGAACCUUCUCUACUAUUCUGGUUUUAAAACAAAAGAAGAUUUCUGAACAUCAAGUGGGUAUAAUAUAACUUUGCAUAUAUAAGUGGUUUUUCCUGUGAAAAUUUCAUGUAAGAGCUUUUUUGGAUUCACAAAGGGUGAAAAAUGAGUGAGGUAGAAGAUCAAUCACAUUCCUCCGGAAAAAAGUGGAAACCGGAAAGCUAUAAAACUUAUCAAGGUAAAGAUUCCAAUUCUGGAAAUGACCUCUGGACAGAUGGGCUAAUUUGUGCUUUUGAAUUUGUUCGAGGAAAAAGAAGACCAGUUAAAUCGAGGUCCUCGUCAAAGCUCACAAGUAGACAACAUUUUGAUAGCCAAUAUUUAAAGGUACCUUCGAAUGGUUUAACGGAGUCUUCUUCCAUGAGACAGGAUGAAAAGAAGUUCUCACAUUCUUCGUUCGAUGAUGAUAGAGAGGGUCGGGUCCUUCAGGCUGGCCAAUCUAUUGAACCAGAAAAGCGUGAAGGUGAUCACUGGGUGCCAAUUGGAUGGGCCAGAAUUUCUGAACUUGUCCAAGUGGUUCAAGUUGAUGCUGUCUGGUCUUCUCAUCAAUUUGAAUUUGAGGAUUCUGAAGAUGAUUUUACGGUAGCAGAUCUGGCUGCUCCGUACUGGGAGCGUCCAGCUGGGCCUAAAUGGUGGUGCCAUUUUUCUGCAGGUCAUCCUGCUGUUGAGGCUUGGCUCAGCAAUGCUCAGUGGCUACAUCCUGCUGUUAGUUUAGCAUUGAGAGAUGAAAGUCGACUUAUAAGUGAGCGGAUGAAACACCUUCUCUAUGAGGUUCCAGUCAGAGUUGCAGGAGGGCUGUUAUUUGAGCUCUUAGGACAAUCAGCGGGUGAUCCUCUUGUUGAAGAAGAUGAUAUUCCAAUUGUACUUAGGUCUUGGCAAGCACAAAAUUUCCUAGUGACUGUAAUGCAUGUAAAAGGUUCUGUGUCGAGGAUAAAUGUUCUGGGUAUAACAGAAGUUCAGGAGCUUCUUUCUACUGGUGGAUAUAGUGUGCCAAGAACGGUGCAUGAAGUCAUAGCACAGCUUGCUUGCCGUCUCUCACGAUGGGAUGAUAGGUUAUUCCGAAAAUCUAUAUUUGGGGCAGCAGACGAGAUUGAAUUGAAGUUUAUGAACAGGAGAAACUAUGAAGACUUGAAUUUUUUUAAUAUAAUUUUAAAUCAAGAAAUCAGAAAGUUAUCAACACAGGUUAUCAGAGUGAAAUGGUCACUCCAUGCAAGAGAUGAGAUUGUCUUUGAGCUUCUCCAACAUCUGAAAGGGAAUGGAACAAGAAACUUGUUGGAGGGAAUAAAAAAGAGCACAAGGGAAAUGAUUGAAGAGCAAGAAGCAGUUCGUGGCCGCUUGUUUACCAUUCAAGAUGUUAUGCAGAGCACUGUUCGAGCUUGGUUGCAGGACAGAAGCCUCAGGGUAACUCAUAAUUUAGCAGUAUUUGGCGGUGUUGGUGUUGUCCUCACCAUCAUUACUGGUUUAUUCGGUAUCAAUGUAGAUGGAAUACCCGGGGCACAAAAUACGCCAUAUGCAUUUGGUGUCUUCACAGCCAUCCUCGUCUUUUUAGGAGCAGUACUGAUUGUAGUUUGCCUGGUUUAUCUUGGGCUGAAAAACCCCAUUGCUGAGGAACAGGUAGAAGUUAGGAAGCUUGAGCUGCAAGAAUUGGUUAAGAUGUUUCAGCAUGAAGCAGAGACUCAUGCCCAAGUCCGAAAAAAUGUUUCGAGGAAUAACUUACCUCCUACUGCUGGUGAUGCUUUCCGGAGAAAUGCAGAUUAUCUUGUCAUACAAUAGAGACAUUAUUUGUUGUCAGUAUGCUUAAAUAUGUAAUGAAUCCUUGCUUAUACGCUGUACUCCAAUAAUGGAAUUUACAUAAACAAUGUUUUCAAUACAUGGAAGUUUUACAUAAAUUUACAAAAUUAGUUAUUUGAUUGGUGUUAUU